CUUCCACCGGUAUAAUAAAAUACACAAGGUAAGAAACAAAAAUUUGUAAACAAACAGGGGGUCCCCGUUUCCGGGCACAUUUUCCAAGUAAUUACUGCGUUACCUAAGGAAUUUUGACGAGCGGCAGGUCGGGGAGAUGUCAUACUACAAGUCUCUUCAACUCAAAACCCAUCUCAUCUCUUUUAUUUGACACAAUCUUGCGUGCAUUGAUCGGACAGGGCUUCAUCUCUUCCACUGGCAGCCAAAAAGGAGGUCACAGAGUACGAAUUUAUAACGUGUCGUGUGAUUGGUCCGCGAAUAAUCCCGAGACCCUUCGGAUGAUCCCGAGACUAAGCAAUGUCUUUGCGAACCAAUCACACGGCGCGUACAACAAAUUCGUACUCUGUGACCUCCUUUUUGGCUGCCAGUGGAAGAGAUGAAGCCCUGUCCGAUCAAUGCACGCAAGAUUGUGUCAAAUAAAAGAGAUGAGAUGGGUUUUGAGUUGAAGAGACUUGUAGUAUGACAUCUCCCCGACCUGCCGCUCGUCAAAAUUCCUUAGGUGAUGUUGGCGAUAUUCAGGCCUAUAAGAAGCCAUUUUUCCAUUGUGUAAUGUCAAACCUGGUACAGAGUAAAGAAUUUAUAGAGAAUUUGCAGGAUGAAAUCCUAGAUCUCAGUUUUGUGGAAAAGAACAAUGAUUUGUACAAAUUCCAUCAGAGCACAGAAGAUUUAAAGAUUACAAAGUUGCCAUAUCUAAGUGCAUUAAGGGAUGUGAUUUAUGACGACAUCCGAGGUCUGAUAAUGGAGGUGACUGCAGUGGACCUGACCACCCAGGUUGACAUGUCAUGUGCCAUUUAUAAGCACACAGAUGUGCUGUCCUGUCACGAUGAUGAGUUAGAUGACAGACGUGUCGCCUUUAUAUACUACCUAGUGCCACCAUCAUGGAGAGAGGAGGAUGGGGGCCGUCUCCAGAUGUUCUCCCUGCAUGAAAAUGGAGAGCCAAAUGAAAUUGUGAAAAGUAUAAUUCCUGUCCGGAACAGUUUUGUUUUCUUUGAAGUAACCCCUGCCUCAUUUCAUCAGGUGGAGGAGAUUUUGACAGAAGACAAGACCAGGCUGUCAAUCAGCGGAUGGUUCCAUGGUCCUAGGGUGGACAGACCUACACCACAUGUGGAGACCCUCCCUGCCCCGUGUCCACCAGUCUCCAUAGAGGAGGAGGAUUUCUAUUCCUGGAUAAAUCCGCAGUACCUGGAUACUGUCACCCAGGCCUCCAUCAAAGACACGUUUGUGGAGGAGUCCCAGAUAGAACUCAACAAUUUCUUACAGGAGAAUAUCCAUGAUGAGCUGGUCUCACUGCUCUCAAGCAUUGACAAAACUAAAUGGCGUAGCAAGGGACCUCCAAAUAAAAGGAAUUACAUGAGCCUUGACCUGAAGGAGUUACCGGACCAUGUCAUGAAGUGUUUGAAUUUCCUCCAAUCAGAUGCCAUGUUCUUAAUGUUGUCAUCACUGACUGGUUUAAAACUUCACGAUCUCGCAGAAGUUUCCGAUUCAGAGGGAGAGGAAGAAGAGGGGAAUAACACACUGAGGGGAGAUACUCCAGGCUGUCAUUGUGAAGUGAGGAAAUGGCAACACGGGUGCUACACUCUAGUUCAUGACACCGACACAGAGACUAAACUCUGUGCCCUGGACGCUGUGUUAUAUAUAGGCUGUGAAGGUUGGGACACGGAGUGUGGAGGUAUAACAUCAUACAUUGCCAAGGGAGAGGACGAAGAGUUGCUCUCAGUAUGUCCCAGUCCUAACAGUCUGGCUUUGGUCUACCGUGAUACAGAGACACUCAAGUUCGUGAAACACAUCAACUCCAGGGUCAAGGACACUCCAAAUCGAGGCUUCAUCGAUAUCGCAUGUGUAUAUUACGAAUAAAUAUUAUAACUUUA